UUAGGAAAAAGAAGGGGGGGCUAAACCCUCCCCCACCACCUUCUUCUCCCGCAGCGCACCACACACAGCGCGCGGGCUGCUCGCUCGGCACCCGGCGGCCCCGGCGCGUCCCUGCCUGCAUUUAUCAAGCUGCUCCCCCCCACCCCAUUUUUUUCGGAAAACGCAUUGGCCUUUUGGAGUUUAAUCAGAAGAGGAUUUUUGUCCCUGUCCCCCCCCUCUUUCAUCGUCCCCCUCGCGUGUCUCUGCCGUGGAGGGCUUAAGCAAUCCAGUGGAGACGGAUCCAUGCCUGCGCUCGAGCGUGUGUGUGCGAGUGUAAAUUGCCGAGAAGCGGGGGAAAUCACAGGACUUCUUCAAAUGCUGGACUGAAAAUUGUAAUUCAUCUGCCGCCGCCGCUGCCUUUCCGGCCCCUCUGUCGUGCUCUUGAGAUCUCCGGUUGGGAUUCCUACGGAUUGACAUUUUCAGUGAAGCCAAACCGUGGGGACGGGACGCAAUCUGGAAACCCUCCUGAUUUUACUCUACCUAGCUCUCCCCCACCUCCUCCUCAUUGCAAGUUUCAAAGAAGCUUAUACCAGGAGACUUCUGAAGAUCGAUGGUGUCGUUGCCUUAUAUAUUUGUUUGGGUUUUACCAAAAAGCAAAACAAAAAAAAGAGGGGGAAACUUGACAGAAGAUCAUGCUGUCCUUUAAAAAUAAGUAAGUUUUUUGCACAGGAAUUUGGUUUAGUUUAACUUUCAACGGACGCAUUUGAUUUUUUUCUUUAAAUACAUUCGAGCAAAUUUAAUUUCCAAACAGUUUAAUGCAGUCUCUUUAGUGUGUAACUUGUAGCGGAUAUGCCCUUCCUCCCCUGAGUAUAUAAAGAACACACCUGUUUUUAACUUGCCAAGUCGUCCCUCCCCUCACCUUUCAGCAUUGCGGAGUAAGUAGACUGAUAUUAACAAAGCUUAAUAAAUAAUGUGCCUCGUGAAAUAAAGAACCGAAAGGAAUUUGAAUAAAAAUUUCCUGCAUCUAAUGCCAAGGGGGAAACACCAGAAUCAAGUGUUCCGCGUAACUGAAGACACCCCCUCAUCCAGGAAUGCAAAAGCACAUCCAAUAAAAGAGCUGGAUUAUAACUAUUUUUUUUUCUUUUGGGGCUGUGGGGCGGGAGUCAGGACGAGAAGUGCUGUUGAUAUACCUGCAGCUUUUUUUUCGGGGAAGGAUGGCUCAAGCUGGGAGAACAGGGUAUGAUAACCGAGAGAUCGUGAUGAAGUACAUCCAUUAUAAGCUGUCACAGAGGGGCUACGAGUGGGAUGUGGGAGAUGUGGACGCCGCGCCCCUGGGCGCCGCCCCCACCCCUGGCAUCUUCUCCUUCCAGCCUGAGAGCAACCCAACGCCCGCUGUGCACCGGGACAUGGCUGCCAGGACAUCGCCACUAAGGCCCAUAGUCGCCACCACUGGGCCUACCCUUAGCCCCGUGCCACCUGUGGUCCACCUGACCCUCCGCCGGGCUGGGGAUGACUUCUCCCGUCGCUACCGUCGCGACUUCGCGGAGAUGUCCAGUCAGCUGCACCUGACGCCCUUCACCGCGAGGGGACGCUUUGCUACGGUGGUGGAGGAACUCUUCAGGGAUGGGGUGAACUGGGGGAGGAUUGUGGCCUUCUUUGAGUUCGGUGGGGUCAUGUGUGUGGAGAGCGUCAACAGGGAGAUGUCACCCCUGGUGGACAACAUCGCCCUGUGGAUGACCGAGUACCUGAACCGGCAUCUGCACACCUGGAUCCAGGAUAACGGAGGCUGGAUCUAAGCCAGACUGCGAAGGUCUUGAUGUAUGAGAUUAUUCAUCACCUUAUCUUUAAAGAAAGCAAGGCUUGUGCAAAAUUCUCACAGAAGGACAAGGUGGAUUUUAGCUCUGAUCAGUGUGGUAACUCAAAUAUUGAGAGAAUUGUACUGAAGCCAUGAAGAUAAAUGAUCUUCUCCGAUAAAAUCAAGCAGUCUACUGAAGCUGGAAACCAGCUCAGGUCAGCAUUCUCAAAGAUGAGAGAACUUAAGAUUUCACUUCCACAGACACUGACCAAUAGGAAGAUCAUCAGGACUGUCACUGAUAACACUAUUGGCCCAGUAGCUUUGGCUACACUUGUGUUCUGGUUCAAGCCAGCCUCACAGCCUGUCUGUGGUUUUGAGAACUGGAGGAAUUUGUGUUUUGAGAACCCUCAUCUCUUGGCAUAAUGCAAAUUUAAAACCUU